AUGGCACCCGAUCCCUCUGCAAAGGGUGUCGCGUCCAAUUCCAGGACGGCGUCGACGCCUGCUGGCGAUGCCUCGCUACCUCCGCCAUCGAGCUCGCUCCCUUCGUCCAAGGCCACGCUCCCUCCCUUGAUCAACCAGCUAUCGGACCUCGGUGGAGCGCAGAAGAAUGGGUCGGGCCAUCGGAGCAGCGACGUUGACCUGGCCGCAAAGGCGCUCAAGGGUGCAAACCACGGUGAUGCAGGGGGACCCACGUUUGGCGCAGCGUCGGAGGACGACGCAACGAGCGACGAACUCAACGUCGUGGCCGCAUACAAGGCACACUUUCGAGAGGAUCCCGUUGCGUUCCUGCAGCAGGUCUGGGCCUAUGGCCAAGGAAGCGGCUGGCGAGGGUACUCAAACUACAUCGGUGCGCCGAUUCUGUACCCGGGCCAAUCGGACGCCGUAAUCCGAGAUAUCAUGAGUUCGGAGCAAGUCCGUAGCCGCAUCACCCGCCUUGCACACCAGAGAGUGGACAACCUCCUCGCUUCAUUCAAGCAGCGAAAGCGUCAAGAAAUCGAAGCCCAGCUCCAGGACGUGGCCCGAUCUAUGGCAGAGAAGAGUGUGGCUAGACUCGACUCGCUCACCUUUCUGCGGAUCUUCGCUGCCACGAUAAACAACGUCCUUGUCCGAAUGUACCACCAGGGCAUCCACAUUUCCGUGCCUCAAGUCCUCGAGCUGAGGAGGGUUGCGGCCUUUUGCGCAGAGCGCAAAUACUCGAUCUUCUUUCUGCCGUGCCACAAGAGCCACAUCGACUACCUCACCUUCAGCUUCCUCCUCUUUCGCCUGGGCCUCUCCCUGCCCCAUAUCGUUGCAGGCGAGAACCUCGACCUGCCCGUCGUCGGCAACAUCUUGCGUGGCGGCGGUGGCUUCUUUAUCAGGCGCGCUUUCUCGGGUGACGAGCUGUACCCCGUCGUGAUCAAAGAAUACAUUGAACAGCUUCUGUCAAAGGGCAAGAACAUCGAAUGCUUCAUCGAGGGCACGCGAUCGCGAACAGGCAAGUUGCUCCCUCCCAAGUUGGGCAUCUUGAAGUACGUCAUCGACAGCAUCCUCGAGCAGAGGACCGAGGAUGUCUACAUCUGCCCAGUCAGCAUCCAGUACGACGACGUCGUUGAGGCAGAGACUUUUGUGUCGGAGUUGUUGGGCAAGCCAAAGGAGGCAGAAUCGCUCUUUGGCCUCUUGUCGGGCUCCGGCAGCCUUCUCAGCCUUCAGAUGGGUCGGAUAGAUGUCCGUUUCCAAAUUCCUUGGUCGCUCAAAGGCUUCAUCAAAGAACAGACGAAGCGACGAGAAGCGCCCGGGCCAAAUGGAACAAAAGUGGAGCUCGAUCUGCUCAACAAUGCUCAACACAAGUCCUUGCUCCUCAAGGCGCUCGGUUACCGUACGCUGUCCGACAUCAACCGAGCGGGCGUCGUGAUGCCUGCUGCUCUCGUGGGCACCGUCAUCCUGACCCUUCGAGGCCGAGGCGUCGGCAGGAGCGAGCUCAUCCGCCGAGUCGAAUGGUUACGGGAUCAGAUUCUUGCGAGAGGCUACCAGGUUGCUGAUUUCGGGCAGAUGUCGACGGGCGAGGUCGUCGAUCGUGCUUUGACGACGAUGAAGGACCUGAUCCAGGUUCAGACCGACGUCAUGGAACCGACGUUCCUCCCGCUCAAGCGCUUUGAGCUGAGCUUCUAUCGGAACCAGGUCAUCCAUAUCUUCGUCAACGAGAGCUUGCUCAGUGUCGCCCUCUACACCCGCGUCAAACAGGGCGGCAGCACGCCAAUGCAGCGGAUGGAGCUGAGCGCUCUGACCAGAGAGUGCGGGUGGAUCAGCCAUAUCCUUCGGAAUGAGUUCGUGUAUGGGACAGACCCUCUCGAGACAAACGUUCGCAAGAUUGUCGACGAGAUGACGCGCGACGAGAUCCUCGAGCAGAGCGACGCGAGCACGGGCGAGACGAUCAGCGACGAUGCCUUGAUUGGCCUGACGCAGAAACAGCGCGACCUGGGCCGCAGGGACUUUGACGCCUACCUCUUCCUCGUCUGGCCUUUCAUCGAGGGAUACUGGCUAGCGGCGUGCAGCCUCCUGCUCCUUGCAGGGCCCGGAACGCAAGAGGAGGGGGAGCCCGCCUCUUCUUCCUCCUCGACGAUUCACUGGUAUGCGGCAAAGGAGUUUGAGUCGAGAGCCCAGCUGUUUGGAAAGACAAUGUACAGCCAGGGCGAGCUGAGCUACCUCGAGGCCGUCUCUGCCCAGACAAUCUCACAGGCCAUCACUCGGUACGAGGAACUGGGCAUCGUUGUCCGCCGCAAGUCUUCCGCCGCCAAGCCUGUGCCGCUCAUCGCACUCGAUCCGUCUUACAAGCCGCGGCUGCAGCAGACGCAGCAGCAGCAGGGCGGCAAGCUAUGGGAAUUCUUGGAGAGGCUGAGUGCGUUCAGAAGAGAGGGCAAAGAUCGCCGAGACGCGGGCGACGUCGUGGGCGAGAGGCUGUUAGAUGUGAUUGGGAGAAACUACCCGACGCCAGUAGAGACGACACGGCACACGGACGGUCACGCGAGGAUCUAG